GAAGAGGAAAGAAUAGAUGGGUGUAAGAAGAGAAAUGAGUGUGGGAAGGAAGAGCAUAGUAAUUGAGGAGAUGGAAGAAGUGUGCGAUGCAGAAACGGGCAGAGUCCUAACGGGUUCAUGGGUGUGGGAAUCAGCAAUAAUAUUGUCGGAAUGGAUGACAGCUCAGCGUGAGAUGGACCUAAGGGGUAAGAAAGUAUUGGAAUUAGGCGCCGGAGCAGGUCUCCCAGGGUUGACGGCGGCAAUGCUCGGGGCAAACCACGUCCUUCUCACAGACGUCGAACCUUUAAUUAAGGCUUUGGUAAGAAACGUGGAAGCAAACGGCCUGGGAAACGUGGUAAAGGUAAGAAAGCUGGUAUGGGGUAGGGACGAGUCACCGGGUGAGUUUGACCUUGUUCUCAUGUCAGAUGUGUUAUUCGACCCGGAGCAGAUGGGGGCGCUGGCCCAAACGUUGAAAAGUGUGUGUGGGGACCACACUAGGGUUUGGGCCGCCACAGAGGUUAGACCAUGGACCGGGGAUUGCUUAGCGGUGCUGGCAGAUCAGGGUUUUGGGAUAGUGGAGUUGCCGGCGCUGGGCCUCUCCGCUUCUGAUCUAAAGUUGAUUGGGUCCUUUGCCGUUUUCUCUCUCGUGCCGAUCAACGGAGCUGGGCACGUAUCCCCAACCUUGUAAGAUUUUUGCAUAACUCCGCUGAUUCUACGUUUGUUUACUAUCUUCACUUACAAGAGAUUCUCUUUUGCCUUUUCCAACGCUAAUUCACAAACCGUUUUCCUUGGUCAGUGUUUACUGU